AUGCCUUUAUUAACAGGUCAGCCAGGAUAUUUACAAAAAACGAUGGUCACUUCUCCGAAGUUCAUUUCCAAUUGGCAACCACUAAAGAAUUGUCCAGUAACUGCUUCAUGUCUUCUACCUAACUGCUUUUGUUCAAGAUCCGGAUUGGAGAUUCCGGGUGAAUUAUUGGCAAGAGAUGUACCACAAAUAAUUCUCUUAACAUUCGAUGGUCCAGUAACUGAUCAAACAUUCGCCAUAUAUAAAUCAUUGUUCAAUGGGAACUAUCGGAAUCCGAAUGGCUGUCCUAUAAAAGGUACAUUUUUUGUGUCCAAUGAAUGGAAUAAUUAUGAUCAAACCCAAUGGUUAAUAAGUAAUGGUCAUGAAAUCGCUGUGAAUUCAAUUACACAUCGAAAUUUGGGCGAUGAAACAGCGGAACGUUGGAAGAAAGAAAUGGUAGGCAUGCGUGAUGCACUACUACAUUUUAGUCAUGCAAACGCAGCAGACAUUAUUGGUGUACGAGCUCCACAACUCGAAUUAGGAGGAGAUAAUCAAUUUGACAUGAUGGAAAAGUUUGGUUUCAUUUAUGAUAAUACAAUGAGUGCAAGUGGUGGACCAUAUUGGCCACAAACACUAGCAUAUAAGACGGCCUGGAAAUGUUCAUCAAUUUAUUGUCCUAAGAGUACGCAUCCAAAUAUUUGGGAAAUACCAAUAAACCGUUUCAUUGUACCGGGUUCACAAAAAGAAUUCACCAUGCUAAAAGAAGCUAUCCGCCAUGAUGAUUCUCCUUUGGAUGUUGCGCAAAUAUUGGAAAUGAAUUUCAAUCGUUCAUACAACUACAAUAGAGCUCCAUAUUUAUUAACUGCUGAUAAUGAUUUCCUCAAUGCGUUACCAAAUGAAGGCGCGAUCAUUGCAUUUAAACUUUUUAUCGAAAAAAUAUUAAAGAACUCCGAUGUAUAUUUUGUAACAGCCACGCAAGCACUGAAGUGGAUUAGACGACCAACACGUUUAUUACAUAUUCAUGAUUUUCAACCAUGGCAAUGCAAUGUUCCGUUUAAGAGUAACGUCACUACCUGUGAGACUCCAUCCAGUUGUUCAUUUACUUGCAACGGCGAAACUCGGAUUCUUCGAAUAUGCGGUAAUUGUCCACAAGUGUAUCCAAAUCUUGGCGAUCCUACCGGCACUGGGAAUUCAACCGCCGACCGAUAA